AUGCCUGCGUGCAGCAUGGCAAUGACGCCCGUGGAUGAAUGGAACGAGCUGGAGCAGCGUGACCAUCAUGUGAUCAUGUCGGAGGAGCUUUUUCAGAAGGCGCGAGCACAAUUCAAUCGUGGGGAGGUCGUUUACCUCCACCAUGUUGUGGCUGUGGCUUUCCCGGAGCUUCCUACAAUCAAUGCGGCCCGGAAAGCACUUCGCCAGGGACGGGUCCUUCUAGACGGCCGCGAAGAGCGUGGCCACGACACGCUGGCGCCAUCGGCCGGAAGCUGCUUGACAGCUCGGCUUGGCAGCGUGGAUGACUUCAUCCCAGAAGUCGAUACCGUGCUCUCGUCUUUCAACGAAAAGUCCGAGCGCUUGGAAGCCCGAAUUCACCUGCUGCAGGAGAGUCGCAAAUCAGGCUGGGCAGUAGUGAACAAGCCAGCCGGGCUCCAUUGCCGACCCUGCGGCUUCAAUGCAAAGCUUCUCACCUUGGAGGACUACCUGCCAGCGUUGGUUGGGCCGCCCUUGCAGGGGACUCAUUGCAAGGGCCCUCGUGCUUGCCACCGCCUGGACUUCCGUGUUGCCGGACCUGUGGUAGUGGCAACGAGCCAGGAAGCCAUGCGCAGUAUCAAGGAAGCCUUCGAGAACCGACGCGUGAAAAAAGAGUACCGUGCAAUUGUUUGUGGCAGCCCUGCUCGGCUUGGCAAGCAAUGUGUUUCAGUUUCAGUUGAUGGAGAGGAGGCUACCACGCUGGUGGAAGUUCUGCAAACUGUCCCCUGCCCUCACUAUGGCGAGCUGGCGGAACUCAGCCUAGUCCCGAUCACAGGAAGGCACCAUCAAUUGCGGCAUCACUGUUCGGAAGUGCUGGGCACACCAAUCGUGAACGAGGAGGGCGACCGCUGUUCAAUGCUGCUGCCGCUGCAUGGGAGAAGCGAGCUGGGACGCCGCUGCCCCCAUACUUCACGCGAGGUGGUGGCAAUCUGUUUCUGCAGGCCAUUGAGGUCUCCUUUCCAGAUCCCUGCCAGGACUCCGACUGCUAUGUUACGGUGCGGGUACCAGUCUCGCAGCGCUUCCAACGUCUGCUUCGAACAUCGGAACGGGCUUACAACGAGGGCUGGCGCUCCUCAAGCGAUGGAAAGACCUACUGGACAGAUACGUGGCAGGCCCAAGAGCCCUUGCAGCCGGAAAGUUCUAGCUGCAAGCUCCAGGUUGAAUCAAAAGUCGGUUUGA